CACACUUCACACUUCACACCUCUUCAUCUUCUGAUUGUACACCAGAGACCAAGCUUUGCUCACAGUCAUGGGUGGUAUCGUGUCUUUGCCUCUUCAGAUGGCGGGAACAGCAGCAGCGUCGUGCUGUGGUUCGAUGUUCUCCAGUAUCCUUUGUAACUCGUGCAAGGCUAUCGGGUCCUCGUUCUCCACGAGACUGAGCUAUGCCUUUCUGUUCCUCAUCAAUGCCCUUCUGUCGUGGAUCAUGCUUACCGACUUUGCGAUAUCCAAGCUGGAGAAGAUAUCCAGGUUCCAGUGUGAGGGCGUGGAGUGCGGGUUCUUUGCGGUUCACAGGCUCAACUUUGCCCUGGGAAUUGAACACCUUCUGCUAUGCCUCUUUCUCGUCGGCGUCCACUCUACCACGAAUCCCAGAUCGAAGCUGCAGAACAGCUUCUGGGCACCAAAGAUCUUGCUCUGGUUGAUCUUUGUGGUGGUGUCGUUCUUGAUCCCUGAUAAGUUCUUCAUCGCAUGGUCCAAGUACAUCUCUGUCAUCGCAGGCGCACUCUUCCUCCUUGUGGGGUUAAUCCUGUUGGUUGACUUUGCCCAUGAGUUCGCAGAGACGUGUAUCGAGCACGUUGAAGCGGAGGACGAGUACUCAGGAGUAUGGAAGACAUUGCUCGUUGGUGGAACGGGCCUCAUGUAUGCGGGCUCCAUCACAAUGUGUGUUUUGACCUAUGUGUUCUUCUGUCAUGAUGGAUGUUCCAUGAACCAGGCUGCAGCGACGGUGAACCUGAUCCUUGGAGUCAUCGUCACCGUGCUUUCCCUCAAUCAAAAGAUUCAGGAGUACAACCCAAACUGUGGUCUUGCUCAGGCUGCCAUUGUCACGGUUUACUGUACUUAUCUCACUCUCUCAGCUGCUGCAUCUGAACCAGAUGAUAAGCAGUGCAACCCCUUGAUCCGUAACCGUGGAACUCGUACAGCCUCGGUUGUUCUUGGUGCCAUCUUUACGUUGAUAACCAUUGCCUACACCACAACUCGUGCAGCUGCAAACUCAGCCUUCAACGGCUCCAAAGGUGGUGGCUCCAUCGCAAUCAACUACGACGACCCAGUAUCAACAAACGAUGUCAUCUCGGCUGAGCCUGGAGCAAACGAGAUGCGCAUGCAAGCCAUUAGGGAGGCCGUUGCUGUUGGCUCACUUCCCGAGUCUGCUCUACACGACCAAAGUUGGUUGUACGAUGAAGAUGAUGAGGAUGAGGAGCGUGUGGCUACAAAGUAUAACUAUGCCCUAUUCCACCUCAUUUUCUUCCUGGCUACACAAUGGUUAGCAGUCCUGCUGACCAUGAAUGUCCAACAGGACGAUUUCGGUGACUUCGUGCCUGUUGGAAGAACUUAUUUCUACUCAUGGGUCAAGAUCGUGAGUGCAUGGCUCUGUUAUCUCAUAUAUGGCUGGUCUCUGUUGGCUCCAGUGAUGAUGCCGGAGAGAUUUGGCUACUAGCACAUCCUCGGUCUCGUA